UCCCUCUCUCUCUUUUCUCCUCCUCCUCCUCGGUGUGUCUCAGCUGUCCUUGCUCCUCUCUCAGAUGGAGGCUGCAGUGUUGUGCUGAGUAGCGGUGAGCCAGCAUCUCUGCCUGCAGCCGUCAGCAGACCUACGUUUCCUGAAACAGGACACUACAGCACCCACAAUCCUCUGCCUGAGCCCAGACUGUUGUUGGGCAGGAGCGAAGCCCCGUGGAAUCCUGGGAGUCGCAGUCCAGAGAGAGAGACAGAGAGAGAGGGUGACGUGCCAUGACAACAGUCAGAGGGAGAGAGACGCAGAGAUGAUGUGGUUCUUCUGGCUUCAUCGAGUGAUGUCCUCCAGCUCUCAGUGAGGCAGUUUACAGCAAAAGAUACUGCUGAGGAGCCAUGUCUGCUGAACUCGACGAUACCGACAGCGUGUUCGACUUGAACGAGGCGAUCCCAGAGACAGAGCUGCUGGAUAACAGCAUCCAGAAAGGCCGCGCCCAGCUGUCUGUCAAAACACGGAGACAACGCCCGUCCAGGUCCCGUUACCGAGACAGCAUUAGCUCAACGGAGGGCGACGACUGCCUCGACAGAAAGGUGGAGGACAGUCCGUUGCACUCUGCCCGCUCGCCUCUCCACCUGGCGAUGCGAGGGUCCUCCCCCUCCCCUGAUUCGCUGCUGUCAGCUAGAAGCCCUGGAUUCUCCUUCGACACGUCGCUGGUCCGUCGCUCGCCAGAGGACGGAGGCUUGUCAUUGGCUGGUCCACCUCGGGGGCGGUACCAUCAGCUGACCAACGCAACUUCUCAAGAGGCCCUGGUUACUCCCAGCAGCUCACCAUCUAAAUCCUGUCCCUCCUCCGACUGCUCACCUGUCUACAUGAGGAGGAACAGAAGGCCCGACAGUGAAGUGUUGGUCUCUGAUACAAGUCGUGACACGAGUCCAGCUGAUCCCGGCAGUCCGACCGUCAUCUUCGACAAGAAAACCAAAAGACGCUUCCUGGACCUGGGGGUGACUCUGAGGCGUUCAUACAUCAGAGUGAGGAAAGAUAAAUCCAACAGGCUCUCUGUGGGCAGCAGAGAGCCGUCUGAGAGUCCGUCCCGUUCCUCCGGAUCCUUCAUCUCCUUCUCCUGGUUCACCGAAGGACGGGGGUCGAUCUCCUCCUCCGGUACUCCGCCCUGCUCCCCCAAAAUUCCACCGCUGAGCUCCCCGAGACCGCGCAAGUCUCACUCCCAGGAGUCGGCUCUCAGUGAGGAGUUCUCUCCUCCUCACACCUCCUCCUCCACCUCUCCUCCCAUUGACUCCUCUUCUUCCAGGUCCUCCCAUCCCUACCACACCCUGUCCCAGUCCUCCGAUGAGCCCUGCGAUGAACCCCACUCGUCCUGGACGACUCAGCAGGUGUGUCAGUGGCUCCGAGGACUCAACAUGGAGCAGUACGUUCCGGAAUUCAGUGCUAGAGACAUCGACGGGCAGCAGCUGCUGCAGAUGGACGGCAGCAAACUGAAGGGUCUGGGCGUGCUCAGUUCGUCUGAUCGCAGCGCGCUGAAGCGCCGCAUCAAAGAUGUUCAAAGUGCAGCAGAGAAGGAGAAAAAAGCUCUGGACAAGCUGGAGAAACAGAAGGAAAAGCAGCGCCGGAAGGACCAGGAGCAGCGCAGGAACUGAGCCCCGCCACCAGAGGGAGGCAGAGGACAGUGAGAGGAGAGCUGUGCGAUGAAGAGAACAGGAUUUCUGCCGCAGGGAAGGUUUGACAUGACAAACAAUUCCUGGAAAAGCUGCAAUUCCAUGAUCAUAAGACAUCUCCAGGCCUGGAAAAGUUAAACUGAAGUUUACUGUUAUGAGACCGUGAAAUAUGUCAGGCGAUGAUGGCACAGUGUUUCAUUUGCCACAAAGUGGUUUUCAUCUAUUUUCCUCCAUUUGAUGUUUAAACUCAUCAUCUGUGAUCGGCUGGCAGGAACGCUGACAGAUCAUUAACUCAGCAGGUUCCUACACGCAGCUGCUCUGAUUCCCUCUGGUGAUUCUUCUUCUGCAAGCCAAACAUUAUACAAGGUGUGCUUUUUCUCUGAAAUGAGUGUCACAGCAGGUUUUCUGUUUUGUUUCUGGGCCGUGGAGUCUCAGCCCGAGGCGGCGUGUCGGUGCUGCUCUGUGAACAGUUUUUGUGGUUUCUCUGUUUGUUGUAAUGACUUUAGCUCAAAGGUUCUGUGUUCAGGUGUGUGAGGUCUGACAGGUGUUUGGAUAUUUCCCACAAUCCUCUCACAGCUUGUUUUCCACCUGGAAUCUCUGACAGAAAAAAACAUCGUCGAAUCUUCGCUUUACACAGGUGGAAGCGUUUGUGUCAGAGAGGGUCAAACGUCCCGACGCUGGUCGAGUCAGAUUCUUAACCUCUGGAGAUAUUUCUGACCUCUCACAGUCUCUGUUAAAAUGUUUGUUUCAAUAAAUAAA